UUUAGUUUCCUGCAAAAGAACAAAAACAUUAACCAGCAAUUCGUGAUGAACAUAAACACUCUGCUACUCCCAGGACCUAUUCCCACACUGCUUUCAAUUUAGAUAGAAAUCCGUGAUCUCGCUGAUUAUUUAUUUCUUCUUCAAAUCUCCACAGCUUUAGGUGUAAACUCUAUCCAAGCUCAAAGUCUAAGUUGCUCCUAAAUUGACCCGGAUAAAGACUUCUUCUUCAGAUUGGUCCUUUGGUCCUGAGCUCUCUGUCUCUCCGAAUCACACGAAACUGAGAUAGCACUUCACAGAGAGAGUUUAGUUCAAUCUAUGGCUAAAGGGACAUCCCUAUUAAUUUAUGGAAUUAUUGGAAUGGAUUAGCAGGUUUUUCUCAGAGCUCUUCAGACCUUGGAGCUGACACAUGCUGCAAUUGAAAAUCCUCGGACUCUGUUCUAUUAUGAUUAGGAAACAGCUCUUAACCAUGUAAAGAGUGCAGGGCUCCUGGGUGAUGGAUUUGAUUCGACUACAGAAAUGUGUACAAGAAACCUGAUAUGGGUGGCCACCAAAAUGCAGGUUAUGGUGAAUCGCUAUCCUACUUGGGGUGACGUGGUUCAAAUAGAUACUUGGGUGGCCCCUUCUGGGAAAAAUGGAAUGCGUCGUGAUUGGCUUCUUCGUGACUACUAUACAGGUAAAACAUUGACUAGAGCUUCCAGGUAAAUCCAUCUGCUGUUUAUGCACCAUAUUUUUAUGUACCCUCCAUGAGUUGUUAAGUGACUGAUAACUAUAUGCAUGAUUUUCUGUGGAAGUUGUUGCCCUCUUUACAGUUGUAAUAACUUUUUCUGCCUUAUACAGAUGAGAUAUAUAGCUUCUUAGCUUGCUAUACGUACAUUACACCUUAUAUAAUUUACUACAAUUUCAUAAAUGUUAUAUUCACACUAUAGUCCCCUCAGUUCUAGCUCAUUCGUGUAGAAAAUCAUGCCCAAAACAUUUAUAAAUCAUGCCCAUGAACUAUCACUGCCACUCCCGUACCAAAAUGGCCAGUAGUCACAUAUGGCAUCAUGAUAAUCAUGCCCAUGAAUUAUAGAAAUCCUGUCCAUGAAUAAUCCCUGACUCUGACACAAGAAACCAAACAUAAAAGAUAAAGAAAUGGUUGGGAUAGAGGGAGUAUUUACUAAUAUAAUAAUUUAUAAUUUAUAAUUUUAAAACCCAAUAAUUUAAUAUAAACAAAAAAAAAGUGUCUUAAUUCAUGUAUUUAAUUUUAAUUAUUGGAAAUCAUUAAAUUUUUAAGAAAAAACACUUAUCAAGUUAUUUCUUGCUGAAUGAUAUCAACAAUAAUAAGUCAACAAAUAACAAUUCGGUUCCUACUAGUCUACCGCGUGCCAUUUAUUCCUAAAACUCAUAUAAUAAAAUUAAAUUUGAAAUACCUAAAUUAGUGUUACAUUUUAAGAAAUUAAAUAAAACAGAGGAAUCAAAAUUCCACAUAUCAAAAGUAAUGUGAUAGAAAAUAUAUGCAGUCGAAAACAAAUUUGAUGAAGGUCAAUAUCAACCAUUAAAAUUAUUAAUUUGAAAAUUUUAAUCUUCAAAACCAAAAAAAAUUGACAUAUACAAUAAUUUUAAUUUACUUUUUGUUUUUAGAAAAUAAUUCUAAUAUACCUAAGCUCAACCAAAUUUAAAUAUAAAUUUAAGCAACCGAAUGAUGAUUGAAAAAACCAAAAACAAAUUAUGGAAACUAUUUAUUAGAUUAUAAACUUUGCAGAAUAGAUAAAAUAAUUUAUUAUUUAGAUUAAGAACAUAUUCCCAUAAUUCAAAUAAAAAUUGCAAAUUUCUAAUAAUUUUGCAACUUUGUUUUGUUUAUGUUUACUCACUCCAGACAUAUGCAGUGUCCACGUACACGAAACCACACCGUCACAGAAACCCAAACAGAUGUAGACUUCUGAAAUAAAUAACAAUUUCAAUCAUAUUCUAAUUAUAUGUCCGUGACCCAUAACCUAUCUUUGUACUAUAAUAUAUUACUUCUAAUCUAUCAUACAAGCAGUACAUCGUAUCUCUCCUUAAUUAACUCUAAUCUCCCGAGCUUUCAGAAAAUAGUGAUGGAUACUCCUGCAUUCGAUCGUAUCAGCAAGCUAACAUGCAACAAAACAAGCUGGACCAUUAAAGUUCGAUUAACACGAUUAUGGAAGAGCAUUAAUGCAAUUACGGGUGAUUUCAAAGGAUAUAACAUGAUACUACUUGAUGAUGAUAAAACACAUAUUCAUGCUUUCGCUGGAUUGGAUUUCGUGAAUGAGAUGGAUGAUGUUCCCGAAGAGAGGAAGGUUUAUAACAUAUCAGAAUUUAAUGUUGACGAUGCAAAAUAUUCUUAUGUGGCAGUUAGUAAUAAAAGUGAAAUAUACUUUCUAAAACGCACAAACAUGACACUGAUAGAGGAGGAGGACGACAUGAUUCCAAAAUAUAAGUUCGAACUGGUAUCUUUAAACGCCUUGAAACUCAAAGUCGGAAACACCAAGAUCUUGACAGAUCUUAUAGGAUUAGUAGUAAAUGUACUACCAAUGCAAAGCCGCAACACACCAACGGGCCCAAAAGACAUUUUGUUGAUCGACAUUACAGACGGAAGUGAGAAGAUAAGGGUCACAAUAUGGGCUGAACAAGCACAUGAAUUAAAGGAAGAACUGGAAAAAUGGGAAGAUAAGGAUAGGAUCAUCAUUAUCAUGAGUUGUUGUAUAACAGAGUAUCGCAAACAACUACAAGCAAACUCACUGUCACCGUCAAAAUUCUAUAUCAAUCCAGAUUAUGAUGCAGUGCACAGUGCUCAAUAAUGCAAAUGAACCUAUUAUUGUGGAUGAUAUACCUUCAGCGACUCACUUCACGGUCAAGAAGAUAGAUACAUAUAACUUGAAGCAGAUCUCCGACCUUAGAAGUUCUGAUUUGCAAAAUCUGGAAGUGAUAUGCCAUGUAUUAGUUUGUAGCAUCGAUGCACAGUCUAGAUGGUGGUUUUAUAGUUGUGACUCAUGUCCAGAAGAACUCUCUUUUGUUGACGAUACAUACAAGUGUGAAUGUGGCAAGAUCGUAUCAUACCCUGACAAAAGGUUCAAGGUUCCUAUGUACGUAACCUACCCAACUGAGACAAUUCAAGUGUUCAUGUUCGAUCGCGAGAUCAGACGCUUAGUAUCAACCACUGUAAACAAUUUAAUUGGUCAAAACCUUAAGGUACCAACUUCUCAUCUAGAAGGUUGUGCUGUUCAUGAUACCCCGGAAAUAAAAUCACCAUCAAAUAAGCGCACGCUAAAAAAAGAUGAUGGUUCAAAUAAAAUCACCAUCGUUCUUUCACAUACAUUUCGACUUUGCGAUUUAUUCUUUCAAGACUAUGUCUUAGUUUUGAUAUGGUUUUUGGUUUGAUGGUUGACUACACAUACUUAAUGUGUUUAUAUUGGAUUAUUUAUGCUCAAAAUAUUAUCAAAGACAUCUGGAUAUA